CUUCUUUUUCUUUUCAACCUCUGCUUAUUUUUCGUUGACCAUGUCUUGGCGUAGAAUUGAUAUUGACCAAUACGAUGAAGAUGCUUAUACUGAAGAUGAAAUCUUGGCCGAUUUUGAUACUGGACUAUCACCUGAACAAAUAGAAUCCAAUGCUCAAGUACGAAGUUCAGAUGUACGCAACUUGAUGACGAAGGGUGAUUUGAAUAGUGCUUUGAUUCGGUCAUUGGAAGAUCCUCCUUAUGGUCGAAACGUGGAUAACGCCAAGUUCAGCAGCACACAAACCGUCGUGGACCUUUUGAAUGGAUUCCGUGCCACAGAUAUUCCUGAUACUAUCAAGAACCUUAGCUCCGAUCAACGUGAUGUAUUGAUGAAAUAUCUUUAUGCUGGUAUGGCGAAACCUGAAGUCUUCAAUUCUAGUGUGUUAUUAACUUGGCAUGAAAAGUUAACUGAAGUGGCUGGGACUGGAAGCAUUGUGCGUGUUAUGACUGAUAAACGUACUUUAGUAUAAUUAUUUAGAACUGAUCAUCUUGUUCUCUAUUUUUUUUCUUUUUUUUAUUAUUUUAUUCUUUCUUCGUAUGCAUACCUCUGUGUAGUGUCUGUAUUUGUACAAAUCCCCGACUUAUUCCAUUUAUCAAUACAAUAAAGAACUUUUGAUCAUUCAAA